CCGCCGCGGUGCCCGUACGGCGGGGGAGGGCUUCCGGGCCGUGGGCCUGACUCCUCAGAGCUGCUGUCAUGGCGGGUGCUCUGUGGGGCUUCUUUUCCAUCCUGCUGCUGUUACUCUCAGGAGAUGCCCACAGCUCGGAGGUGCCUGGGGCUGCUGCCGAGGGCCCGGGAGGUGGCGGGGUCGGCCCGGGAGAUCGCUUCAAGAUCGAGGGACGUGCGGUCGUUCCAGGGGUGAAGCCUCAGGACUGGAUCUCCGCGGCCCGAGUGCUGGUAGACGGAGAAGAGCACGUCGGCUUCCUUAAGACAGAUGGGAGUUUCGUGGUUCAUGACAUUCCCUCUGGCUCUUACGUAGUGGAAGUUAUCUCUCCAGCUUACAAGUUUGAUCCUGUGCGAGUCGAUAUCACUUCAAAAGGAAAAAUGAGAGCAAGAUAUGUGAAUUACAUCAAAACAUCAGAAGUGGUCAGAUUACCCUAUCCUCUCCAGAUGAAAUCUUCAGGUCCACCUUCUUACUUCAUUAAGAGGGAAUCGUGGGGCUGGACAGACUUUCUGAUGAACCCAAUGGUUAUGAUGAUGGUUCUUCCAUUAUUGAUAUUUGUGCUUCUGCCUAAAGUGGUCAACACAAGUGAUCCUGACAUGAGACGGGAGAUGGAGCAGUCAAUGAACAUGUUGAAUUCCAACCAUGAAUUGCCUGAUGUCUCAGAGUUCAUGACAAGACUCUUCUCUUCAAAAUCCUCUGGCAAAUCCAGUAGUGGCAGCAGUAAAACAGGCAAAAGUGGGGCUGGCAAAAGGAGGUAGUCAGCCCGCAGCUGCCGUCGCACAAACUCGCCUACACCAGGGGGUGUCCAGUCCUGAGGAAACCGUGUGAAGCGACUACUGUAAACUGAGUCAUCCUGAAAGUUGAUCUCGUACAACUGUUGUCUAUGUUGAUUUCUUAACACAUGUUUUGUACUUGGUACACAAGAACACCCAGCUUUCAUCCUUUGUCUGUAUGAGGUCAAUAUUAAUGUCACUGAAUUAAUUACAGUGUCCUAUAGAAAAUGACAUUAAUAAAUUAUAUGAAGUACUAUA